AUGGAGCCCGAGCGGGGGCCGGCGGCGGCGGGCGCGCGUCCGGACCUGGGCGGCCUGCUGCGGGCGGUGCUGGCGAGCCGCGGCCGGGCCAACUCUGUGUUCGAUAUCCUGGCCGUACUGCAGUCUGAGGACCCGGAGGAGAUCCAGGAAGCCGUACGCACGUGCGGCAGACUAUUUGGGGCCCUGCUGGAGCGGAGAGAACUAUUCGUGGGCCAGCUGCCCCCGGAGGACACGGUCCGGGCAGGGACCCAGGGAGCCGUGUGUAAGUAUAAGGUGUGGAUGAGACACCGUUAUCACAGCUGCUGUAACCGCCUGCAGGAGCUGCUUGCCCAUCCGGCGUUCCAGGUCAAGGAGCAGGCCCUCAGGGUGCUCAUGACGUUUGUGCAGCUGGAAGGAGCGCAGCCCUUGGAGAAGGCCCAGUGGGAGGGCCACUACCUGUUCCCCCACAGUCUCUUCAGGGUAGUGGUGGGAGGCCUCCUCUCCUCCGAGGAGGACCAGAGCCUGCUCAUCUCCCAGUUCUGCCAGUACUUGGAACAUGAUGACAUCCGUUACCACACAAUGCAGGCGGCUGCGGCCACCACAGCCAAGGUCACCACCCAGCAGCCCGAGGCAUCCCUCACCUUCUGGAACAAUGCGUUCACACUGCUGUCUGCUGUAAGCCUGCCCUCCCAGGAUGGUGAGGUCACCAGCUUCUAUGUGAAACACACAGAGCUGUCCAACAAGUGGAAGGUCACUCAUCUGAAGGAGCAUAGGAAGGCCUUCCAGGCAAUGUGGCUCUGCUUCCUCAAGCACAAGCUGCCUCUCAGCCUGUACAAGAAGGUGCUCCUGGUUAUGCAUGACUCCAUCUUGCCUCACCUGGCCCAACCCACCCUCAUGAUUGACUUCCUUACUAGUGCUUGUGAUGUGGGGGGUGCCAUCAGCCUCCUGGCCUUGAACGGACUUUUUAUCCUGAUCCACAAACACAACCUGGAGUACCCUGAUUUCUACCGGAAGCUCUAUGGCCUUCUGGAUCCAUCCAUCUUCCAUGUCAAGUAUCGGGCCCGCUUCUUCCAUCUAGCUGACCUCUUCUUGUCAUCCUCCCAUCUCCCUGCCUACCUGGUGGCUGCCUUCGCCAAGCGCCUUGCACACCUUGCUCUGACGGCACCUCCCGAGGCCCUCCUCAUGGUCCUGCCCUUCAUUUGCAACCUGCUGCGCAGACAUCCUGCCUGCCGCGUCCUGGUGCACCGCCCGCAAGGCCUGGAGCUGGAUGCUGACCCCUAUGACCCCAUGGAGGAGGAUCCAGCCAAGAGCCAGGCCCUGGAGAGCUGCCUGUGGGAGCUGCAGACGCUCCAGCAGCAUUACCACCCUGAGGUGUCCAAAGCUGCCAGUGUCAUCAACCAGGUCCUGUCUGUCCCUGAGGUCAGCAUCGCCCCGCUCCUGGAGCUCACUGCCUAUGAGAUCUUUGAGCGGGACCUGAAGAAGAAGGGGCCGGAGUCGGUACCCCUGGAGUUCAUCCCCGCCCAGGGCCUGCUAGGCCGGCAGGACGACCUCUGUGCCCAGCUCUUCACGCUCAGCUGACCCCAGCCACCACUCCAUCCCCACCCAAAUAAAUGGCUUCUAUAGAA